AUGAGCUCCCAGGUACCUCCUGCAGCUGCUGAAUAUGGCGGAGACGAGGUGUCCGCAAUUAUCCUCGACCCGGGAUAUUCAUCCGUACGCGCUGGCUUCGCAGGUGAAGACACUCCAAAAUCCGUUAUCCCAACCUUCUACGGCAAAUACUCUACAGAUUCCCAGGAAAAGUACAUCUAUGGCGACAGCAUCUAUGUUACCCCGCGGCCAGGGCUUUCCAUUCACAACCCCAUGGGGAGGGAGGGGUUCGUGGAGGACUGGGACAUGGCAGAGAAAGUGUGGGAAUACUCAUUCACAUCGCGACUGACGGGAGCUAAGUCCGGGAACCCGAUGUUUAAUGGACUAAAUGACGUUACCAAUGGCGACCUCCCCAUGGAUAUGGAUGUGGUGGAGGCGGAAGAAAGACCGCUGGCUGAUAGUCCGCUCCUCAUGACGGAGUGUGGCUGGAAUCCUGUCAAGGCGCGAGAAAAGACGAUUGAGAUUGCAAUGGAGAAAUGGGGGAGUCCAGCUUUCUACCUUGCUCGGAAUGGGUCAUUAGCUGCAUUUGCUGCGGGCAAAGCCUCAGCCUUGGUCGUUGAUGUUGGUGCAUCAGGUGUCUCCAUCACCCCGGUCCACGAUGGCCUAGUCCUGAAACGUGGCGUCCAGCACUCCCCGCUCGGGGGCGAUUUCAUCUCAUCUCAGAUACGUGCACUCUUUAAAUCCCACACCCCUCAACCCAUAACCAUCACCCCACACUAUCUCGUCGCUUCCAAGACAGCCGUCGAUGCUGGCCAACCUGCCCAAGCGACCUACAGGACAGUUACUCCUGACCAGGCUCCAGAUCCAUCUUUCCGUCGCCUGCUAGAGGAUCGAACGAUCUCUGAAUUCAAAGAAUGCGUAGUCCAAGUGUGGCCGGGCCCACAUUCGCUAUCCAGCACAGGCCCUAACGGUGUCUCCAACGAAGAGAUUGCGCGGGGGAAUCCAGGUCGCCCCUUCGAGUUCCCCGAUGGGUACAACCAAGUGUUUGGCGCAGAGCGAUACCGGGUCGUAGAAUCUCUAUUCGAUGCACAAGCUGCUAUCCCGGAUCCAGACUCAGAUUUCCCCGCACCAACCGUUGCGCAGACAAUACCAGAGCUAAUCCGUAGCUCAUUGAACCAAGUUGACGUCGAUAUCCGGCCACACUUACUUGCAAAUGUUGUCGUGACCGGGGCGACGAGUCUGUUGUAUGGGUUUAAUGAUCGGUUGAACUUUGAGCUUAUGAACAUGUUUCCCAGUCCGCGGGUGCGAAUAACUGCUGCUGGUAAUACGGCGGAAAGGAAGUUUGGGUCGUGGAUUGGAGGCAGCAUUGUUGCGAGUCUGGGGACGUUCCAUCAGAUGUGGAUAUCGAGGAAAGAGUUUGAAGAACAUGGGCCGAAUAUUGUUGAGAAGAGGUGCAAAUAA